AUGGGUCACUCAAACCUAACGGUGUUCAAUGACUUCAUUCUGAUGGGAGUCACAAGGCAGCCUAAACUACAGCAUCCCCUUUUUGGGGUCUUUCUCACCAUCUAUAUCAUCACAGUGGUGGGCAACCUGGGCAUGAUCAUUUUGACCCAACUGGACUCUCGCCUACACACACCAAUGUAUUUCUUUAUCAGGCACCUGGCUUUCAUUGAUCUUGGUAAUUCCACUGUCAUUUGUCCCAAGAUGCUGGUAAACUUUGUUGUAGAUAAAAACACCAUUUCUUAUUGUGCAUGUGCUACACAGAUGGCUUUCUUCAUUCUGUUCAUCGUCAGCGAACUUUCCAUCUUGUCGACCAUGGCCUAUGAUCGAUAUGUGGCCAUCUGUAACCCUCUGCUCUACAAUGUCAUCAUGAAUCCAAGACUUUGUCACCUGCUGGUGGGCAUCCCAUACCUCUACAGUAUCUUUCAGGCACUGAUGUUCCCUACAAUGUAUUUUACAAUGACCUUCUGUGGCUCUAAUAUCAUCAGUCAUUUCUACUGUGAUGUUGUUCCCUUGUUACCUAUGCUCUGCUCACAUACACGAGACCUAGAAAUCUUGACCAUACUCUUUUCAGCAUUUAAUUUGAUCUCCUCCCUCCUGGUAGUCUUACUGUCUUAUACACUGAUUCUGUUAGCCAUAUGUCGAAUGCACUCUGCACAGGGCAGGAAGAAGGCUUUCUCCACCUGUGGUUCCCAUCUGACAGUGGUGGUGGUGUUCUAUGGGUCACUUCUCUUUAUGUAUGUGCAACCUAAAUCCACUCACUCUUUUGAAACUGAUAAAACGGCUUCUGUGUUUUACACAUUAGUGAUCCCUAUGCUUAACCCUUUGAUUUACAGCUUACGAAACAAAGAAGUUAAAAAUGCAUUACACAGGGUCUUUAAGAAUCAACACAAAAUUUGUAUUUGA